UGGAAGAUUGGGCAAUCGCGGGGCAGUUAUUGAAAUUUCCCAGGCCGCGUUAUUGCUACCAAAUACGGUUGUGUACCUUCCUCCUUAUUUGUUCCCCAAGCGGCACUUUCAUCGGAGUGACUCAGAUUUAUUCAGGCAUUACUACAUUCAUUUAAGUUUGUGGUAACAGCUCCCCUUGUUUUCAACUUUAUUCUCUCUCAAAUCAAAAUAUUCCUUCCAAUUCAAUUCUCAGAAAAUCACGAGACAAUCAUGGAGGAGAACAAGCCAGUUGAGCAGUCGAAGAGUGCGUUGAAGAAGGCUGAAAAAGAGGCCAAGAAAGCUGCCGAGAAAGCUGCAAAGGCGGCAAAGCAAGCUUCUCUCCCUGUUGUUGGCGGAAAAAAGGUGGACGAUAUCAUUGGAAUCACCUCUUCGAAAGCCGACAACUUUGCACAAUGGUACCAAGAGGUCGUGCUCAAGGCCGAAAUGGUCGAGUACUACACCGAAAUUUCGGGAUUUUACAUCAUGCGCCCUGCAACCAUGCAUAUCUGGAACGUCAUUCGAAAAUGGUUCACUGAGCGUAUUGAGGCUAUGGGCGUUGACGAAACUAACUUUCCUAUGUUCUUGUCUCAAAAGUCCCUAGAAAAGGAGAAAGACCACGUCGAAGGCUUUGCUCCUGAACUCGCAUGGGUGACGAAGGCUGGUGACAAGAACCUCGAGGUUCCAGUCGCCGUUCGUCCCACAUCCGAAGCCGUCAUGUACCCGUAUUACUCAAAGUGGAUUCGCAGCCACAGAGAUCUCCCCUUCAGAUUGAACCAAUGGAACUCAGUCGUUCGAUGGGAAGCAAAGCAAACCACUCCAUUCCUGAGAGCAAGAGAAUUCUUGUGGCAAGAAGGUCACACCGCACAUCUAACUGAAGAGCUUGCCGGAGAAGAGGUCCUACAAAUUCUUGAACUUUACGCUGGUGUUUACGAGCAACUCUUGGCAGUUCCUGUUGUACGAGGCACUAAGACCGAAAAUGAGAAGUUCGCUGGUGGAUAUUACACCACUACAGUCGAGGGCUACAUUCCUUCUAACGGACGAGGCAUCCAAGGUGCUACUUCACAUUGCUUGGGCCAAAACUUCAGCCGAAUGUUCGAUAUCACAGUGGAAGACCCGAACGAGAAGGGAAAGCACAUCAAUGUUUGGCAGAAUUCCUGGGGUCUGUCAACUCGUGUUAUUGGUGUGAUGGUUAUGAUUCAUGGUGACGACAAGGGAUUAGUCCUUCCCCCGAGGAUUGCCAAAAUCCAGACGAUCUUGAUCCCCGUUGGUAUCACCAAGAGCACUACUCCUGAAGACAAGACAAAGCAUUACGAGAAACUCGAAGAUAUCAAACAGACCUUGAAGAAGGCAGGUGUGCGUGUCGAGGAUGACUUAAGAGAUGGCUAUACCCCGGCCUGGAAGUUUAACGACUGGGAAUUGAAGGGCGUCCCAUUGCGUCUAGAGUUUGGACCGAAGGACGCCGCCAAGGAAGUCGUCAGCUUCGCACGCCGAGAUAAUGGUGAGAAGGGCACCAUUCCUCUAGCAGAACUAAGUACGAAGGUCCCCGAACUCCUCGAGACUAUCCAGGCCGAUAUGUACAGCAAGGCAGAGAAGGCCUACAGAGAGCAUCGUGUUAUCGUGAAGAAGUGGGAUGAUGUAGUCCCUGCCUUAGAUGCCAAGAAUGUCGUUAUUAUCCCCUUCUGUCUCGACGGCAAGUGCGAGGAACAGAUUAAGGAGUUGACAACGGGACGCACGGACGAGGACCCUAAUACCCCAGAGGCUCAAAGAGCCCCAUCGAUGGGCAUGAAGAGUUUAUGUAUUCCCUUCGAGCAGCCGGAAGGCUUGGUCAAGGGUGAGACCAAAUGCCUGAACCCGGAAUGCAAACGACUCGCUGAGAAAUUCGUCAUGUUCGGACGAAGCUACUGAGUCACCAAUUGCUAUAGAUCGCAAGGGUACCCCUUCUCGUUUGUAGCUAUGAAGAUCUUCGUUGGAGUCGGUCAGGCGGGCGUCUAAGAUAUCAAAGGCGAGAGCGGCACAGCACUCUCCAGUUGCAGAUUAUAGUGGAUCUGCUUUCGGAAUAAUGAAAAGCUACUGAUGUAUAACUGGCUGCUUGACACCACUUCCCACACGUAAGAAAAUAAUUGUGCCCUGAAAAAACUAAUAACUAAGGAGCCGUAAGGCUGAAGCGCACAUAAAGCUAACUUAAGCAUUUAUCUUCCGAAGCUAUACGGAUUAUUUCCGCCAUUGGGUCUCACUAAUCAGAAUGUCACCCCCUUAUUAUCACAUAAGAUCAAGCUUUAGCUAUAGUACUCAAGGUUGGUGGGUUGUGAUUCCAGAAAUUCUCUGCAG